GAUCAUCGAUGUGCGCGCGCGCAGUUCGUCUGUACAGGCUUUGGAGGUUCAAGCGCAAGAUAAAAAUAUUUCGAAAGAUAUUCCGUUAAAAUGUCCAGAAUUUUAAUAACAGUCGUGAUUUGUUUAUUGGUCUCAAGAGAAUGUUCACUACGCACCCUCCCAGACGCAGAGGACUCAGUCGUGAGCGUGUACACAACACAGCCUUCCACCUCCGGCGCCAGUAUCGAUGUUUACCAUCAGAUCGCUAACAACAUUGCUGAGAGGAUAACUUCGCCCAUAUAUAGGUUUUUGGGUAUUGAAAAGAACACGACGCAAUCUUCAACAACAAAACGCCCAUGGGAUAAAAUCGAACUUCUUGAAGACGCACCAGAAGACGUCAGUAAAUUAGCGACAUCCCCCAUCGGUAACGACAUAUCCAACGACAAAGACGUUGAAGAAUUAUCUACAGAUGCAUUGAAAAAGAUUAAUAGGAAGCCAGAAAAGAUAACACUAUUCUCCAGUUACCUACCAUCUGUAAAAGAAAAGAUAGAACUCAACGAGACUAUUAACGAAGUUGGUGAUGAUGACGAGAUCUUUGGUUUUGAAGACGUUGACGAUGAUGAAGCCGAGCCAAAACCUCGUGAAGGACCUUUUGUUUUUGUUUUAGAAGUACUUGGUAGUAUUGUACAGUUAUUAUAUGGAGGUGUUGUUGCAUUAUUCUCGUCGAGUAAAUCAAGUUAAGAUAAUCAAUAUAAGUCAGAUUAGAAUACAUUACCAAUAAUAAUAUUUAGGCCGUAUUCGUAAAAUAAUUGAAGUAGAAUUAAAAUUAAGUCAUUUUCUACAUUUAUGAUAUACCGAUUAACAACCGCACAGCGAGCUGAUCUUAGAAGCUGUUAUUCAACAUUUGGACCAUAUUUAUCAAGAAUUUUGCGUCUUGUUGUGGUAUUAACUAUAUUUGAAGCUACAAAUAUUUUAAUUGUUACUUAUUACAAUAGCGACGCUGAUAAAGGCUUUGU